AUGCGGCCCCCAUCCCAGACCACUGGUUCCAAAGACCCCGCAGGCAGCAGGCCCGGCAAGCCCGGGGAUCCCGGCCCUCACAAAACACUGGCCCUCCUGGACCCCCGCUCCCUGGAGCCCCGUCCCUGGCCGCUGGCCGCAGAGACACUGCAGGCGCCAACCCCCCCACCCCCGCCCCCGCCCACCCCGGCCGCUGGCAUCCCCAGCCCUCACGUGCCCCAGGCUCCCCAGAAUUCCCAGUCGUCAGACACCCCGGCCUCUCACAGCCCCCACAGACCCCCGAGCCCCCGACCCUCGCAGAACUCAGCUUCCCAGAACCUCCUAUCGUCAGACCCCAGCCCCUCACAGCCCCCACAGACCCCGGAGCCCGUGACCCUCGCAGACCCCAGCCCCCUGCAGCCCCCCGAGCCCCCGACCCCCGCAGACCUCGGCUCCCCAGAACCUCCUGUCGUCAGACCCCGGCCCCUCACAGCCCCUGCAGCCCCCCAAGCCCCCGACCCCCGCAGACCUCGGCUCCCCAGAACCUCCUGUCAGACCCCAGCCCCUCACAGCCCCCGCAGACCCCGGAGCCCCCGACCCUCACAGACCCCAGCUCCCCGCAGCCCCCCGAGCCCCCGACCCCCGCAGACCUCGGCUCCCCAGAACCUCCUGUCGUCAGACCCCAGCCCCUCACAGCCCCCGCAGACCCCGGAGCCCGUGACCCUCGCAGACCCCAGCCCCCCGCAGCCCCCCGAGCCCCCGACCCCCGCAGGCCUCGGAGCCCGUGACCCUCGCAGACCCCAGCCCCCUGCAGCCCCCCUAGCCCCCGACCCCCGCAGGCCUCGGCUCCCCAGAACCUCCUGUCGUCAGACCCCAGCCCCUCACAGCCCCCGCAGACCCCGGAGCCCCCGACCCUCGCAGACCCCAGCCCCCCGGGGCCCCCCGAGCCCCCGACCCCCGCAGACCUCGGCUCCCCAGAACCUCCUGUCGUCAGACCCCAGCCCCUCACAGCCCCCGCAGACCCCGGAGCCCCCGACCCUCGCAGACCCCAGACCCCCGCAGCCCCCCGAGGCCCCGACCCCCGCAGACCUCGGCUCCCCAGAACCUCCUACCCCAGCUCCCCGCAGCCCCCCGAGCACCCGACCCCCGCAGACCUCGGCUCCCCAGAACCUCCUGUCGUCAGACCCCAGCCCCUCACAGCCCCCGCAGACCCCGGAGCCCCCGACCCUCGCAGACCCCAGCCCCCCGCAGCCCCCCGAGGCCCCGACCCCCGCAGACCUCGGCUCCCCAGAACCUCCUGUCAGACCCCAGCCCCUCACAGCCCCCGCAGACCCCGGAGCCCCCGACCCUCACAGACCCCAGCUCCCCGCAGCCCCCCGAGCCCCCGACCCCCGCAGACCUCGGCUCCCCAGAACCUCCUGUCGUCAGACCCCAACCCCUCACAGCCCCCGCAGACCCCGGAGCCCCCGACCCUCGCAGACCCCAGCCCCCCGCAGCCCCCCGAGCACCCGACCCCCGCAGACCUCGGCUCCCCAGAACCUCCUGUCGUCAGACCCCGGCCCCUCACAGCCCCUGCAGCCCCCCGAGCCCCCGACCCCCGCAGAUCUCGGCCCCCCCAGAACCUCCUGUCGUCAGACCCCGGCGCGUCGCAGCCCCCCGGAGCCCGUGACCCUCGCAGACCUCGGCCCCCUGCAGUCCCCCGGAGCCCCCAGCCCCCCAGAACCUCCGGUGCUCCCGGCCCUCAGCCCCCGACCCUUAGCGGCCCCCCAGAGCCCCGGGACCCCCGCAGCCCCCCGGGCCCCCCCAACCAUCCCCGCAGCCCCUGCGGCCCCCGCGGCCCCGGCCCGGCUCGCGGAAAGGCGUGGUCCCGGGGACUCGCUCACCGGCGCGGGGCUCCGCCUGCGCCCCCGGCCGCCGCCGCCCAGGCCUGAGCUCACCGCUGUCCCCCGACGACCCCGGCAGCCGCGGCCUCUCCGCCCGGCGCCGCCACUGUCCGCCGCAGGCGCCCCCGACGCCACCCGCCGCCGCCGCCGCCCGCCCCUGCGGGACUUCCGGGAGGCCUCCGCGCGGCGCGGGGGUUGGGGGUGGCGGACGGGCUCGGGCUUUGCACUGAGCGUGCGCGAGUCCGCCCCGCCCCCAGGCGCCACCUGCGAGCGGCUCUAA